GGAAACGCUCCGACUUCCUCCCCGAAGCGGGGCGAAAGGCGGCGCGAUGUUCGGUGCGAGCGACGAAGACGAUACCGACUUCCUUUCGCCUAGCGGCGGGUUGACUGCCUUCAGACUUGUGAACUGCCAAAUUCUGGUGUUUGCAGAGCCUUUCUUUGAACAUCUGUUUAAUCAGUUCUGGCCUGGAGAAUUCCAUGGACUGUAUAGAGUCGGCGCAGAGUCCGCGGGGACUGAGAGACUUUCACUUUCUCUGAACAUCUGUUUAACCAAUUUAAGAAGUACCAGAUUGGCCUCUCUUUUUGGACUGGAUCAGGCAGCUGCUGGCCAUGGAAAUGAAUUCCAGUACACAGCUCCAAAGCAACCAAAGAAAGGCCAGGGAACAGCACCAACCGGAAAUCAGGGGACACCCAAAACAGCGCCCACCACGACAGGCACUUCCACAGUGCUGGUUGCCACGGCAGUCCAUGCCUAUCGUUACACAAAUGGUCAAUAUGUAAAGCAGGGAAAAUUUGGUGCUGCAGUCCUGGGAAAUCACACAACCAGAGAGUAUAGGAUUCUUCUUUAUAUCAGUCAGCAACAGCCAGUAACUGUUGCCAGGAUUCAUCUGAACUUUGAGCUGACGGUUCAGCCCAAUAACUACAGCACCUUUUAUGAUGACCAGAGACAAAACUGGUCCAUCAUGUUUGAGUCGGAAAAGGCUGCCGUGGAGUUCAAUAAACAGGUUUGCAUUGCCAAGUGCAACAGCACCUCUUCCCUGGAUUCCGUGCUGUCACAGGACCUUAUUGUAGUGGAAGGCCCUGCGGUAGAAGUUGGAGAUUCUUUAGAAGUGGCCUAUACCAGCUGGCUCUUUCAGAAUCAUGUUCUGGGCCAGGUUUUUGAUUCCACUGCUAACAAAGAUAAGCUUCUUCGCCUGAAAUUAGGGUCAGGAAAAGUCAUCAAGAGCUGGGAGGACGGAAUGGUGGGCAUGAGGAAAGGAGGGAAGCGGUUGCUUAUCAUCCCCCCAGCCUGCGCUGCUGGCUCUGAAGGGGUAAUAGGAUGGACUCCCUCAACAGACUCAAUCCUGGUGUUCGAGGUGGAGAUUAGGCGGGUGAAAUUCACUCGAGAGUCUGGCUCUGACGGGCACAGCGUUAGUUCCCGGGAUUCUGCAGCCCCUUCUCCCGUCCCUGCUGCUGACGGCAUCUCUGCCGACCCUGUUGUGUCUCCAUCCACGUCGGUGCCUUUCAAAUCCGGGGAGUCAGCUCUUCGUUCCAAAUCUAACUCCCUUAGUGAACAGCUUACAGUAAAUGCAAAUCCGGAUACAGUCAAGGCCAAGUUGAUCUCUCGGAUGGCUAAAAUGGGCCAGCCUAUGCUGCCCAUUCUUCCACCACAGCUGGAUUCUAAUGAUUCAGAAAUUGAAGACGUGAAUGCUCCUCGAGGAGCUGGGCAGCCCAUGGUGACCCCAUCUGUCCAGCCGUCUGUUCAGCUCCCACACAUUACCUCACAAGCACCUCAGCCAUCUGUUUCUGGUCUCCAAACACCAUCUGCUGCUUUGAUGCAAGUUGCAUCUCUUGAUUCCCACUCAACUGUGUCUGGAAAUGCCCAGUCCUUUCAGCCCUAUGCAGGUUUGCAGGCCUACGCUUACCCCCAGGCACCAGCUGUUGCUUCCCAGCUGCAGCCCGCUCGGCCCUUGUACCCCGCACCACUCUCGCAGCCUCCUCAUUUUCAAGGAUCAGGUGACAUGGCUUCAUUUCUCAUGACUGAAGCCCGGCAACAUAACACUGAAAUCCGGAUGGCAGUCAGCAAAGUGGCCGAUAAAAUGGAUCAUCUAAUGACUAAGGUUGAAGAGUUACAGAAACAUAGUGCUGGCAAUUCCCUGCUCAUUCCCAGCAUGUCGGUGACCAUGGAAACAAGCAUGAUUAUGAGCAACAUACAACGAAUUAUUCAGGAAAAUGAAAGGUUGAAGCAAGAGAUCCUUGAAAAGAGCAGUCGGAUAGAAGAACAGAACGACAAGAUUAGUGAACUAAUUGAACGGAAUCAGAGGUAUGUUGAGCAGAGUAACCUGAUGAUGGAGAAGAGGAACAACUCACUUCAAACUGCCACAGAAAACACACAGGCAAGAGUUUUGCAUGCUGAGCAAGAGAAGGCCAAGGUGACGGAGGAGCUAGCUGCUGCCACUGCACAGGUCUCUCAUCUGCACCUGAAAAUGACGGCCCACCAAAAGAAAGAAACGGAGCUGCAGGUCCAGCUCACGGAGAGCAUGAAGGAGGCAGACCUCCUCAGGGCUCAGCUCGCCCAGCUGCAGGCAGAGCUCUCCGAGCUCCAGGAAACCUCCCAGCAAGCGCAGUCCAAAUUCAAGAGUGAAAAGCAAAGCCGGAGACAACUGGAACUCAGGGUGACCUCCCUGGAGGAGGAGCUGACUGACCUGCGAACUGAGAAGGAGUCUCUGGAAAAGAACCUCUCAGAAAGGAAAAAGAAGUCAGCCCAAGAGCGCUGCCAGGCUGAGGAGGAGAUAGACGAAAUUCGCAAAUCACACCAGGAGGAAUUGGACAAACUUCGACAGCUUUUGAAGAAGGCACGGGUGUCCACCGACCAAGCAGCUGCAGAGCAGCUGUCUCUCGUACAGGCUGAGCUGCAGACCCAGUGGGAAGCCAAGUGUGAGCAGCUGUUGGCCUCUGCCAGGAAUGAGCACCGGCAGCAGUACCAGGAGGUGUGUGCACAGAGAGACGCCCGUCAGCAGCAGCUGCUCCAACUGGAGGAGAAGUGUUCAGCCCUCCAGGCCCAAGUCACAUCCCUGAGAGAGCAAAAUGCACAGCGCAUCAAGGACCUAGAGGGCAAGGCCCAGACAUCUGGGGUCGAAGCCACUGCUGCCGACCCCGCAGAAAAGGUCAAGAAGAUUAUGAACCAGGUGUUUCACUCCUUGCGGGGAGAGUUUGAGCUGGAGGAGUCUUACAAUGGCAGGACCAUUCUGGGGACCAUCAUGAACACCAUCAAGAUGGUGACCCUUCGGCUGUUAAACCAACACGAGCAAGAGAAAGGAGAGAGCAGCAAUGAAGAGGAAGAGGAAGCAGAGGCGCAGCCUCGGACCCCUUCGGGACAGUCUCGGGCACCCUUGGACGGGGCGGGGCAGGAGCCCCCCGCAGUGCUGUUGGCGCGGGUGGUCCAGGAGGAUGCCCCGCUGUCUCCUCAGGGCUGGCCCUCUCCCCAGGAUGAUGCACAGAGAAGGGAAGGGGAGCCUUCAGAAACGGAGGCGAGCUCAGAGAUAAAAGCACGCUCGGUCCCUCCCGAACUGGCUUGCCUCCCCUCCCCAAGAGCUCUGGGGCCCCCAACUUCAAUUCCCCCCAGGCCUCCAGGCCCCGUAGCUGUGGACUCUGAGGGCGGGGAAGCACUGGGAGACGCCCAUGUCAGGGAGGAGGAAAGCUCCACGAGACUGUCCCCGACCUCAGACCCCGAGAAGGUGGACUCACUGGCCGUGAGGCCUGAAAGUCCAGGAGGAGAGCCUCAGCCUCCAGAGCUCCAGGAAGACAGGGAUGUCACAGGCUCGGCUGCUCCCUCCCAGGAACCGUGUAGCACAGAGGCAGCUUCGGCCUCCGUAGGAGCAGCACCUGGAUCUGAACACGGUUCUCAGCAUCCCAGCCUCUCUGAGGAUGAAGAGGAUGAACUGUUUAAAGGGGCAGCUCUGAAAGUUCCGAAGCCCAAAGCACAGGCUGAGGAGGAGGAUGAAGACGAAGUGAGCAUGAAGGGACGCCCGCCCCCAACACCCCUUUUUGGAGACGAUGACGAUGAUGAUGACAUUGACUGGCUGGGAUGAAGACCCAGGAAACCGGUGCAGAGGUUUCUCUACCCUUCCCUAGGCAUGAUUUUGCACAGCCAGCGCUGGCUUUAGACGAGCCACGGGGUGAGGUGAAGGUGAGCAUGCUGAGGACAGUAGUUCCGAUACCUGAGCUAGCCAACCUCCGAGCCCCCGCCUGCCCAGGUGAAGCAGCGUGAGAACCUGUCUUCAGAACACUGCGGUUGGCAGCAGCCCGCCCUGGUCCUGCCUCAGAGUCCCCCCUGGAGAAAGGGCUGGGGGGCUCCCCUCCAGCAAGUCCCUAUGAGAGUCCUGCCCUCUCCCAAGCUUUUUAUUCUCUGAACUCCCAGACUGACCUGCCUCUCAGUGCUCAGCUGUGUCCCAGCACCGGCACUGUCGCCUGCGGUGAGGUCUCCCUGGCAGAACUGGUGGAGGGUAAAGUACCCCAUCUAAAUAAACCCAGGUAACAGCCUUGCCGGCGGUACUGGGACGUAGAUCUUUUCUCUGCCUUAAACCUGAUACAAGAGGUCAAUCAAUAUUUGAAAUUAACAAAACUAAAAUAAAUGUCUGCAACGAAACCUGA